CUUCUUUCAAAACAAUUGAAACAUGAACUUAAAACUUAUUACAUAGCUGGACGUCUUCCAACGAAACCCUUGAAUCUACCACAAAGGAUGGAAAGUGGUUGGGGUGAAACUAAUUCAAGUUUCAUAUUUUCAAUGGAAAAUGGUAAAACUUUGGAAAAUUGUAUGAUUAGUAGAGUUACCAGUCCUGAAAGAGCGAUUUGGAAUGCACCAAGGAAUCCUUGUUUUAGCCAUGAUUUACAAUGGUUUAAAGGAAAACUUAAGCAAAGUAGUUAUGAAAAAAAGAUUUAUGAUAGUGAAGAAUUUGUUAUGGUUGAUAUUGAAAUUUAUCGUGUAGUCAAAAAAAAUGAGAAUGAUAAUAGUACGGAAAUUAUGGAAAUUGAUAAUGUAAAUAAUG